GGGGAAUUACCGAGGCUUGUAACGUUAGACCCACUGAAGCUUAGGUUGCGAUAUCCACGAAUGUGUAAUGAUCUCAAGGGAUGUACAUGAACAUAUAAUGUACAUGAACAUAUACGUGAACGCGUCUUUUGAUAUAAUUGAGUAUCACCUCUUUACUAUGAUAUUUACAUAUAAAUCAUAAUCUCCUCCUUAGCGUUUUACCCCUGAGAUGAAUCGCUUCGCGCUGUUCUCUUGAAAUGGUGCCGACAUUCUCAGAAGCCACCGCCGUCCGGGCUUUGGAUUCUCACACGUACUCUGCAAACUUCGACUCGGAGUGGUGCGUAGGCUCUGUACCCCACGGCGGCGUGGUGACGUCAAUCUUUCUUCGCGUCGCUGCGAUUCAUUUUCGCACGACUCUGGCGGCGCAGAAUCAGCCACACACGGUAUCUCAACACGUCGAGUUUCUACGCCGAACGCAGGAGGGCUCGGCUACCCUGGUGGUCCGCGACGUCAAGCUCGGCCGCCAGACGUCGACUAUACACGUCGCCCUGUCGCAGGAGGGUCGCGAGGAGGUCGUAGGAUAUCUUACGCACUCGAACUUGGCUACCGAAACCGGGCUGUCCCUCGAGACCUUUUGGUCGUUAUGCCCGUCGCCGCCGCCGCCGCCGACCAGCUUCGCCGCGCUUCUCGAAGGUGGCAAGGACGCCGGCUGGGUCGAGCAGACGGACAAGCCGUUUGCGAAAUUCCGCAAGAUAUCUAACCGCGUGCGGACCUUUCUUCCGCGGAACGGCCCCGUCGCGCCGGGUCUAAUCGAUCAGUGGGUGCGCCUUGAAUCGGGGGAGAGGUUCACGAACGAGGGUCUAGGCUUCGUGUCGGAUCACUUCCCGCUCAUCGUCGAUAGUUUAUGGCGUAGGGAGGAGAGAGAUGGUCGCUCGUCGGCCUUCUGGUAUCCUACCGUAGCCCUAAGUUUAGACGUCAAGAAAGCUUUGCCGGCCGAGGGUGUCGAAUGGCUAUUCUCACGCGUGCGGGCGAAGCUUAUCAAGAACGGAAGGAUGGACAUUGAGGUUAUCAUCGCGGACGAGACCGGCGAAGUUGUCGCGCUAAGUCAUCACGUCGUCUUAAUUGUAGAUGCGGAGAGAAACAUGGCAGCGCGGAGAACGGGACAAACGAAAAUUUAAGUCAGCUGAUAAUCGAUACCGAGGAUGUAUAGCGUAUAAAAGGAAUGUUUUCAUAAUCCUACUAUUUUAAGUCUUUG